GCUCAGGACUUGGCUGAGAUGCAGCGUGAUCAGAGGACAGAGCAGAGGAGAACAAUCACAAUGACGGAUUUUCAGGCUCUCACCGUGUGGCAGAGAGUCCAGUUAUUCUGCCAAGGGAUUUUGGAAAAUGGAGACAAAAGGACAGACAACUGGCUUCUGGUCUAUUCUCCUGUGCCAAUUAGCUGUGUCUUCCUGUGUUACUUGAUCAUUAUAUGGGUGGGGCCAAAGCUGAUGGCAAAGAGACGGCCAGCCAACCUUAGACCUGUUUUGAUAGUUUAUAACUUUGCCAUGGUCUGCCUGUCUGCCUAUAUGUUCUAUGAGUUUACAGCCUCCUCCUGGUUGGCAGGAUACAGUCUGCUGUGCCAGCCAGUCAACUACAGUGACAGCCCCUCGGCCAUGAGGAUGGCCAGAGUAUGCUGGUGGUUCUUCGUCUCCAAAGUUAUAGAGCUCUGUGACAGUAUUUUUUUCAUCCUAAGGAAGAAGAACAGCCAAGUGACCUUUCUCCAUGUCUACCAUCACGCCACAGUGAUCUUCAGCUGGUGGGCUGGGGUUAAAUAUGUGGCUGGCGGACAGUCUUUCCUGAUAGGUCUGAUUACCUCCCUCGUCCACGUAGUGAUGUACUUGUACUACACCCUGGCGGCUGUGGGACUGAGCAUGAUCAAAUACUUGUGGUGGAAACGCCACCUCACCACCCUACAGCUGCUCCAGUUUCUCAUAGUGACGAUCCACACCACCUACAACCUGUUUGCCGACUGUGACUUCCCUGACUCUAUGAACAUCAUUGUUUUGGCAUAUUCCCUCAGCCUCAUCGCUGUCUUCAUUAACUUCUACUACAAAAGCUACCUCACCGAGAAGAACAAGAAAGCGUAGCAGAGCAGAGGGAAUGAGACAGAAUCAAAGUGGAAUGAAGGGGGGGGGGAUUAAAAAGUAAUUUCUGCUUGUUUGUUAUCUUGAUUACUUAAUUGUAAUUAUUGUAUUGAUAACAAUUAUUAUUUUACUAUGUG